AUAAAAGACUGGGUACUGCCUUCCCCUCUCACAAGAUGGCGUCUAUCCCGUCUAUGCAGCGAUUCACGUGCCUAGUUACUGGUGGUGCUUCGGGUCUAGGGCGGGCCACAGCGGCAAGACUUGUGCGAAAUGGAGCACGGGUAGUUAUCGCUGAUCUUCCUUCCAGUGAUGGGAAUAACGUGGCAAAGGAACUUGGUAAAAAUUGUGCCUUCGCGCCAACUGAUGUAACUUCUGAGGCUGAUGUUCGACAAGCCAUUGCCGUAGCUAAUGAGAAGUUUGGGCCAUUGAAUGCUGCUGUGAAUUGUGCUGGAAUUGGCAUUGCUGUUAAGACACUUUCAAAGACAGGAGAAGCUCAUGCCCUGGACCUAUUUGAAAAAGUUCUCAAGGUUAAUACCACCGGAAGCUUUAAUGUCAUCCGCUUAGUGGCAGAGCAAAUGAUCAAGAAUGAACCAACAGAGGGUGGAGAGAGAGGCGUUAUCACUAACACUGCCAGCGUGGCAGCAUUUGAUGGGCAGAUGGGCCAAGCCGCUUAUUCGGCUUCCAAGGGAGGGAUUGUUGGGAUGACACUCCCCAUUGCAAGAGAUUUGGCCAGGAAUGGCAUUAGAGUCAACACCAUUGCACCAGGUUUGUUUCUAACCCCACUGCUGGAAAGCCUACCUGAGAAGGUCCGCAUUGCACUAGCGAAGACCGUUCCAUUUCCUCCACGCCUCGGCCAUCCAGAUGAGUAUGCUCACCUUGUACAGAGUGUCAUGGAAAAUCCCAUGAUGAACGGAGAGACCAUCAGGAUUGAUGGAGCACUCAGGAUGCAGCCAUGAAGAUUGAUAAAAUCUGAUAGAUUAUCAAUAUGUGCCUUGUUGGUAAGAUUUUAUAGAUUAUACCAACGUGGCGAUGAGCAUGGUGGAACUGAACAAAUAAUUUAUUCCUACUUACACCCCUGUACUUAUUCAUUUUGAAAAUUAAAGAAACUGUUUUCAUCUA